AUGCUCAAGUACCAAGAGCUCAAGGAGAUGGCCCUCAGGAAGACGCGGGAGAGCGACGAGAAGCUGGCCGCCGAGCUCAAGAUUCAGCAAAAGGAGGCUGCCGAGCGCCGAGCCAAGCAAGAGGCCAAGGAGAAGGCGCAGCGCGAGGCCGAACGCAGGCUCCUCAUCAAGCGACUCCAGAUGGAGAAGGAGGAGGCGGCCAAAGAGCGCGCCAGGCAGCAGGCCAAGGCCAAGGCCGAGCGCGAGGAGGCCAGCGGCGGUCCUUCCAUUGUCAAGUCCGCCAGCGACGCCGUCAAGCGCAAGCUCCUCGGCAUCGGCAUCAAGAGCUCGAACCGAUCGAGCAGCGCCUCGACUUCCUCGACCCGCCGGCGCAAGUCCAAGAACGACGAGGACGACUUCGUCGGCAACCGUGCCGACCGCCUCAUGGGCAAGGCCUCCCCGUCAAAGCCCUCGUCGUCGGCAACCGCCUCCUCGACCAAGUCCACGCCCAAGCGUCGCUCGGUGCCGCUUACGCGCGAGGAGAAGAAGCAGAUCAAGCUGGCCCGCGAGUUCGGCACCCUCCCGGUGCGCCGUUCGCCGCCGCUGAAGUCGAGCGCGGCAGUCGGACCUGCUCGCACCUCGUCGUCUUCGUCGUCCUCGUCGCCACUGGCAGUUCGUUCGGGCUCCAACGCGCGCUCCAAGCCGGCUCCGAGUGAGGGCUUGGUCGCGCUCGGCACCAAGAAGCGGGACAUGAGGAGCAUCGACGAGAUCGAGAGGGACCUCCGACGUCUUCGAGAGGGCAAGUCGGAAUCCGGCAAGUCGCAAGUCGAGCUCGAGAGGGAAGCGACCAUGCUCCGACGCCAGAAAGCGAUGGAGGAGCGCCGACGCACCGAGCUCGAGGCUCGCGAGAUGGCCAAGAGGAAGAGGGACAGCGGUGGCGAUGAUGACGACAACGACGACAACGACGACGACCUCUUCGGAUCCGGCGACGAGUCCGACGCAAAGGACAAGCCGGCCAGCAAGAAGACCAAGACCGCGGCCUCGAGCGCUCCCGCGCCCUCCACCACCACCACCAACACCACCACAACCGCCACAGGCACCGGCGCCGCUACCCUCGCCAGCAAGACGCCGCGUGCGCCUGCGGGCUCUUCGAUCUCUUCGUCCGCCGCCGUUCGCCCGCGUGACACCAUCCGCAACUCACCGCCUAUCCCGAGGCGCGGCGGCAUCAACCCGGCCGACUUCCUGCCUGGAGCUCCGCUCCGCGCGGAGGCCAGGCAGCGCCUGGCCGAGGUGGCCCGGAACAAGGCAUCCGCGAUCGACCAGCGCUCGACCCCGUCCAAGCGCAGCAGGAGCCCUGCCGACGACGACGCCGCCACCGCCGCAGGGGUCGUGGCCACCAAGAAGGCCAAGGUCGCCCGCGACAAGGACUCUGCCGCUUCCAGCCCUGCGCCGAUGCGCCGCGAGACGGAGCGUGACCGCUUCAUUCGCGAGCAGGAAGAGAAGAAGGCCGCCAAGGCACGCGGCGAGAUCGCCGCAGACGCGCGCCCCAAGGGACACCGCGCUUCGGACAGGGACCUCCGUCACCAUCGCCGCUCCUCCUCUAACGAGAGCGAAGAGAGCGAGGCGGACUCGUUCGUCGCAGACUCGGAGAGCGGCUCGGACCGCAGCACGGGUGGUCGCGGCGGCGAUCCCAACCUUCGAGACGAGAUCUGGAAGCUCUUUGGCAAGGACCGGAAGCAGUACGCCAGCCGUGUGGUCGACAGCGACGACGACAUGGAGGCCGACGCUUCGGCCGUCCUGCAGGAGGAGCUUCGCAGCGCGAGGCAGGCUCGAGAGGAAGACAAGCGCGAGGAAGAGCUCGAGCGCAAGCGCGAGCGCGAGAAGGCACUUCGCAAGAAGGCCGCCGUUGCUUCUGCCUCGGCUCGCCCCUGA